AUGGAAACUUCCGGAGAUAACAGCACGAUGGAAUCCACAAUCCAUCAAUUCUCGGACUUGAAUCUGUCCAACAAGCCAUCAUCCCGCCUCGCCCCGCCAACUCGUACCCUCCCCCGAACCACCCUCAAAAGAAUCCCCAAGUCCAUCGGCAAGAGCACCAUCAAAGCCGACAAGUCAUACCUCGCCUUGUUGGAGGAUGGUCGUCCGAGACGUGACCGCAAGAGGAACGAAGGGCGGCGCUCCAAGUGGUGGUCUAACCGCGAGAAGGCCUUGAUGCAGCAUCCCAGGGGUUUCGUUGAACACAGCGGCAUCGCAACCAAGAUGAUAUCGUACUGCAAGGCUAUAGAUGAGGCGGAUGAGAACGAGGGAGAGGUCGACUCCCUCCCUGCUCACACAAUCGAUACGGCUGGGAUGGAUGGCGACCCGAGUUGGGACGACCCGGCGCUGCAUCGUGACGCAGUACGUGAGUUCCGUGGGACGAAGGCUUGGAAGUUCUUUAGCGAGGCACUCGCUCGAUUCCGCCUCGGAGAAGAUCUGUCGUCGCAAUUCGCAUCACUCGACCUGGCUGGAGCGGCAUCGCAGAGUGCGACUUGGGAUGACGAGGAUGGCCGCCCUUUACAACACGCUCCCCCUAGCCUGCCCUUCGGCAAGACACAAUACCUUGAUAGGAAGUUGGCAGAGCCCGUGAGGUGUCCAGCAAAAAUGACUGACCUUGAUAUAGUGGUUGGUGUACUUGGAAAAUUGGGACGAUGA